UGUCAUAAAUAAGAUGAAGAAAAAGUUCGUAGUUAGGUCUCUCAAUUUUUCACAAUUUAUUCGAUUGUAGAACCGAGAUUGAAAAAUAUUUAUUUGCUUCUCCAUUUACCAAAACCAAUUUUCAUUGAGACGAUUCCACAUUGAGUGGAUAUGUUAUAUUUCAAUAAGCGCAAGUGUUGGAAUAGACUAUUGAAAAUGAGCAAUAAGGAUAAGGAUAAUGCAUUGAACAAAUUAAAGCAAUUUUUUCGCAUUUCCAAAACCAGCGGAACAACUCAUCGUGAUCGUAAUUAUUUUCCUAUUUCAUCGGAGUUGGAGCGAGAAUUGCAACCUGAAACACCUGUGGGCCAGCGAUGCAAAGCGCUGAAAGAUUUCAGUGACAAUGUUAUCAAGUACCGUUUGGAAGAGGAUGCCGUUCAACUUCUUUGGCAAUUGACAAAAGAUUUAAUUGUCGGAAACAAAUCAACCGACCAAAGGCACGUUGCAUUGAGUUUCUACUGCAAGUUGAUUCAAGGACAGUAUGACAAUCUGAAACUGAUGAGAGCACAAUUUUUCCGAGUAAUCGUUACACAUGAGGAACCGGAAGAUAUUGCUUAUAGAUUAGAAAUGCUAACAAGACUAACAGAAAACGGCAAAAACAUUCAGUACUUUGAAAAGGAAAUAGGAUCGUUUCUUAUUCAGUGGAUUCCUCAAAUAGAUCAAGCCGGUUUGAUUGUUCCGUUGCUUGAUUUGAUCGUCAAUCUGGUUAAAUACAACGCUGCCAGCCUGGAUAAAAUUUUUUUAGUUGGAAUAAUCAAUUACAUUUUUGAUAUAACAUGCAAAAUAGAUGAUACGCCGACUAUCCUACUUUGUUUAUCAGUUUUGGAUUGCUUCAUCUGUUACGCAAUUAUUCCUAGUGAAACCUUGACAUUGUUUAUCGUCAUUCUUUGCCGAACUGUCAAUCGAGAAACUUAUUGUCAAACGUCAUGGAAGAUCAUGAAAAAUUUGUUUGGAACGGCAUUAGGGCAUGCGACAUUGUUGACCAUGUGCAACAUUCUGAACGACAAGACGUUCUACAGAGAUGAAGCCCUGUUAAGGGGAGCUAUCUUUCACACCAAUGUUGGACUGUGGGGUGUUAGUGGAUGCCCUGUGCCCAUAUUGAACUGUUCCCCAUCAAUCGUACUGAGUAGCUUCUGGAAUGCUCUGAAAAGUGAACACGUAGUCGUGACGUACGAAGUAAUACUCAGCAUUCACCGGCUGAUUCAGAAAAGCGGCCCCGAUCUAAAUGAACCAACAUGGGACAUUAUAUGCGAUAUCAUGACAGAAAUAUCGUCCAAUUUGGCGAAAUACAGGCUGCCAAACGAGAACAAAGUAGUAAAACAUUUUCACGAAACUUUGGAUUUGAUUGAAGAGCUAUUGGAGCGUAACGAUAUAAACGCUGAUCCAGAAAAGAUUUAUGGACUGAUUGAAAAAGUGUCCAACGAACGUCCGGAGACAUCGGUAAAAAGACUGAUCGAGUACAUGACAUUAAAAAUUUCGGCAACGCGACCACAAUGGUUGUUGGAAUUAUGUUCCUUUAUGGAUCGUUUUUACAAAAUGAAAAACACUAUGAUUCGAGUGUAUGCUGUUCAAGCUCUCGUGCGAAUAAUGGCAGUAAAUCGAGCUGCGUAUGAGGAGGAAAUAUUGGAACGUAUUGUUAUGGUUCACCUGGUAGGUGUGAUUCAUGAAACGGAUUCGGAGGUAAGAAAAGCAGUGGCCAAUGCCCUCAUUGAAUUCAUUUCGCACUGUGAUACCAAACGGAGCUUCGAACUAUUGGAAAUCGUUGGCAAAAUGCUACAGCGUCCCUACGAUUGCUAUGCACAUAAUAAGUCAAUUGUCACAUCAAUCCGAGACGUGGAGGAUAUUAUCGUGCUUAUUGAUGGGCUAAUUCGAAUAUUCGGAGUGAAAUUAUAUCGUAUCCCUUCGACACAUGCUAUUAAAGUGUACCUUUUACUGAUGCGCUCGUUAGAAGCUCACUAUGAGAAUCCUGUCGUUUUCCAAAAUGUGAAUACUGUGCGUCAUAAAAUUUUUUCUUGGAUGUUGAAAGCUCGUGCAAAUGCAUCUUUUCACGUCGGAUACCCCGAUGCGCUAAAUAUGAAUAAAAUACGGUUCAGCUACUAUUUGGGAAUCGAGGGCCCGUACCAGCAUCAAAGUAUGCAACCUCAACAACAAUCGGCUUCGUCCCAACAAGCACAAUCGGCUAGCCAACUAAGUUUAGUUCAGCAAGACAGUGGAAAAGCUAUGGAGACUAUGCCCUCAACAAAUUUAACAACCAUUUCAAUCAAACGAGGUUGCCAGAUAAUUGUGAUUUGCCUGAAGGAGGAGAAGGAUUGGCAGAUCAUUCAGCUUGUACUUUCUGAAUUACCCAACAUAAUGGAAAACAAAGCAUUGAUCCAGGGAAAUGAUGUUGAUUCACUAGCCAAAACACUCUUCAGAAUGUACAACGAGCGGAGUUUAGUCGAUAGACUCAUGUUUUAUCUCAACAAACCAACUCAAUCUGAUAUACAUGACCUCGUAUUGCCGGCGCUUGCCAGUUUGGCUACGUACCAUCAGCAUUUGGAAUUUUCGACCAAAAAGAACAUUAUUGAAGCACUCAAACAGGGUCUGAUCUCCAGACGACCUCAAGUGUGCAUCCAAACACUAACAGUACUGCUGCUGGAAAUGCCUGAUCCGUUGGUGUCCAAAUUAACUGAUUUACUGUUCGAGCUCAGUAAGAUGGCAAACACUACAACAGUCGCCGUUCCAGUACUGGAAUUUCUUUCUACUCUCAGCCAUUUGCCCAAUGACAGAAUCGCUAACUUCCGAGUGGUGGAAUAUAUGUACGUGUUGGCGAUGUCGUUUCCAUAUACCAAUCCGUACCGUUACGAUCAUUAUACCGUUUCUUUGGCUCAUCACGUCAUUGCCGGUUGGUUCCUCAAAUGUCGUUUGCCCAUGCGCAAGAAUCUUGUAGACUACAUCGUUAAAGGUCUGGAGUCAUACGUACAUACUCCAUUUCAAGAUGGGUCAAAACCUCGCACAGACUUCUCACAGGUGAACGAGGACUCAUCCAAUCGCAAACGUAGCUCUAGCCUAACCGAGCAAGGAUCUAAACGUAGAGGAGCAGGGGAUCGAAGUGCUAUCCAACAGCAGUCUCAACGACCGUCUAAACCGAACAGUGACCUUUACAAUUUUCAUUCAGAGUUGGCUGAAACGUGCAUCGAUUUCAUGGCAAAUCAUACAUACUCUCCUUGUGGAGGCAUGGCAAGACGGAGUCCUGUUGCUGAGUUUUUGCUUCGAGGUGGCCAAUCGAAUACCUGGUUAGUGGGUCAUAACCUCAUCACCAUUACCACCAGCGGCUGUUCAGCGGUUCCAUUCCGUAAUGGGCUCUGUGACCGAUGCUACAAUAUGUGCAAAGAAAACAGCACGAAAUCCGAGCCAAACACAAUCAGUACUGGUCUUCCGACAUCCCCUGAAACGAGUAUUGCGUCGAAUAAGGAUUCGGGUGUCGUCGUCCCGGGAAGCAGUCAUGCCGAUAGUCAAUCCGUCAACAAAAGUGCAAACGAGUCAGACAGCACAGAUUUGACAAGUUCAACGUCUUCGUCGUCGGCCGCCACGCCAUUUCCUCAUGGGACCGCAGCGGCUGCAUUGAAUAAUCGUUUCUUCCGGCAAGGUUCACAAGAAGGUUACUCAUUGGGCUCGCUUGAAAUUCUUUCCCGUCGCGGUAGUAAUCCGGAUGCAACUGCAGAAAAUAUUACUACAGCAGGAACUGACCAGCAACAGUCUCAUCCAAAUUUGACUGUCGCUCGAUCCGAAUCUGCUCUAAUGACGACACUUGGUAAUAAGUUGAUUUUACCACAACAACAACAGCAGCAGCAACAACAAAAUCAACAAAAUGGAAACGGCACAAUAGCAUCUGGUGGUUCGAUGGAAAAACCAAUCCAACUGUGUGCAUGUUCGUGCACCGGAUGGGCAGAGAUCUGUAUUCGUCGUCCUACCGGUGUCCUCUCGUGGAUGAUGAGAGUUCAGAAUCAACUGCAUUAUGAUUCAUCAAUGGGAGAAUUUCCAUUACAGGAUUUAACCACUCUUUUCGUUCCCAGUCUUGGCGGUGGCAUUGUUGGAGCCGAUUUCAUUGGAGACUUCCAGAAGAAUGUAUCCCUAAUCAACACGAAUGCACCGGCAUCUGAAUCAUCGACAACCAGUUUGAAUAUCGAUGAAGCAGAUUCUAUUACAAAACAAAUUUUGCCUCAAGCUGCGCCACCUGCGAGUAUCACGCCGAAGGCCAAAGUUUCUAUAUCGGACGAAGUUUUCGAGAUUAGAAAAGACGAUGAAAGCAGUGAUAUGGGAGAUGACGACGGAACGGAAGAUGUUACGACAGCAGGGGUAGAUCGGACUGGAAGUACCGGUCCUAUUGAUAUUCCAAGACCAGCAAAGAAGGAUGACGAGAACGACGAACCUAAUGACACGCGGGAUGAAGAUGUUGAUCCUGACGUUGAGUUCGACGAUCCUGAGGGAAGAUCUAGAAAUCCGGUUCGAAGAGUUAAUUCAAGCCCAGAAAUGAGAUCGAAUUGGAAGAGCCAAUUCAUAAAUAAGUCCAACAAAGAAACUUCUGUGGGACCAGCAGGAGCAACAGGAGAGUCACUCGAAUCUUCAACCGAAAGUGAAGGACAACAGAAGAAAAAGAAUUAUGGAAAGGGUGUGAGUUGUGAGGCUAUACCUGAAGAAAUAGCUGGAUCGACACCUCCAAGUGUCCCUAAACCGGCAACUACUACUGAUUCGAAUGAAAGUCUGACUGUUCGGGCAUCAGGAAAUGUGAAACAUCAAGCAGAUUUUACCAGUUCUGGAGCUACACUGCACCCAUCUGCAUCGCUUCCGGAAUCUUCUGGAUCAGAAGCAUCUAACGCAACUAUUCCACGGAAGCAACAUUCAGCCGAUGAUGCCCUUGUCACCAGAACCGAAGGCACCAGUUCCUCUACAGAAACCAUUGCAUCUCCUGCAAUGAUGCAACCAAUCACCCAAACACUAUCAUCGUCAUCUCUUAAUCUUAAGCUGCCCAUGGAUAAGGUUACAACCAAACCGCCACAAUCGCCUGCUCCUUUGUCACCUCGUUUGUUGGUCAGAAAUCCAAUCAAUGGCAAGUUGUCUAGCUCGGGUACCGCUUCACCCUCCUUCCCAGCUAUGUCAGGUGGAAUACAUUCGAAUGAAAAUGAUCUACCUAGAGGAAGGUCAAAGACUAUUUCUGUGGCUCGAGAACAUUAUAACCGAGACAAUCUUAAAUGGAUUCAGAACAAAAAUAAUGUAUCAAGAUUACGGGGUGAACAGUCAGGAGGAGGUGCAGCUUCGCGGUCGGUCAUUAGUCCUAGCUUUGUUUUCCUCCAGUUGUAUCACAGUGGACAGUUCAAUUCAACAGAAAGGCCCAUUCUGAUGGAUAAAGAAACAAGUGACAGGGCUAUCCACUUGCUUGAUUUGAUAGCUCCAUUCGAAAAGCACAAAAUUGGUGUACUCUAUGUCGGACCAGGUCAAGCAGGAAGUGAAAUCGACAUACUGAAAAAUCGCUACGGUAGCCUACGCUAUGCUAAAUUCUUGCAACGGCUCGGGACACUUGUCGCGAUUAAAGAAGCCAAAGAGCACAAUUUGUUCAUAGAUUUGGAGUGCAACGGGAAGGAUGGAAAUUUCACCUACAUGUGGCAGGAUGAUAUUGUACAAGUUACUUUCCACGUGGCGACGUUGAUGCCAAAUCACAAACACGAUCCUAAUUGCAACGAGAAGAAGAAGCAUAUUGGCAACGAUUUUGUAUCGAUUGUCUAUAACGAAAGCGGGGAGGAAUAUGAUUUGAAAACUAUAAAGGCUCAAUUCAACUACGCAUGUGUGGUCAUAGAACCCAUUGAGCUGGAAAGUAAUCGCGUUUUUGUACUGGCUCGUCCUGAUAUCGCACAACACGUGUGCAGCAAACCAAAAAUCGUUUCCGACUCUAGUGCACCGUUACUUGCUCGACAAAUGGCACUGCACGCUAACUUAGCCUCGAUGGUAUCACAAUCGUUAAAAGCCAAAAACCAAAACCCGUACGCUUCCAACUGGUUGGAAAGAUUACGGAAGAUCAAAAACAUACGAGCCAAGAUACCAAAAAGUUUUGAAUCGCACGAACAGCCCGGUGGUGGAAGCAGAUCUGCCGGAGGCAGCGUCGGUUCUGCUCAAGAUCUUAGUACACCGUCAUCUACUCGAGGCGAUCACUUUAUAAUUUAUACUCAGUAGCAUUAUAAACUCGCAAUGUCACUAACAAAGGGUCAAACCCGUUGUAAUAAGAUAUUUGACGCUCUCGUGAUCAGGUUGUUUCGAUAAGAGUGCAGGUUCAUUGUUGAUGAAUAUUUUUGACCUAGCGUUAACGAAAGCUUAAAAUAAACCUUAAAAUAUU